CAAUACAAAUUCUCUUUCUUUCUAUCUCUGUUAAAACUAUCUCUCUGUUUUUUCUCUUUCGUUUCGAUCUUUUCAUCAACAAUGGCGAAGGGUGAGAAAAAGCCAGCGGAGAAGAAACCCGCAGAAAAGGCACCAGCAGAGAAAACCAAAGCGGAGAAGAAGAUUCCAAAGGAAGCCUCAUCCACCGAUAAGAAGAAGAAGAAACACAAGAAGAGCGUGGAAACCUACAAGAUCUACAUCUUCAAGGUUUUGAAGCAGGUUCAUCCUGAUAUCGGAAUCUCAAGCAAGGCUAUGGGAAUCAUGAACAGUUUCAUCAAUGAUAUCUUUGAGAAACUCGCUCAGGAAUCUUCUAGACUCGCUCGUUACAACAAGAAGCCUACCAUCACCUCUCGCGAGAUCCAGACUGCUGUUCGUCUUGUUCUUCCCGGCGAGCUUGCCAAGCACGCUGUCUCUGAAGGAACUAAGGCCGUUACCAAGUUUACUAGCUCUUAAAUAAUAGAUACAGUUUUCUGAUUUAUCUGAUUUAGGGUUUAUGUAAAUUGUGUUUUGGAUCUCAUCUUAUUGAUGUAGCAUUGAAUAACCUUUAUAAUGAAUUUUCUUUUUGCCCUAAA